AUGUUCAAGCUUCUCCUGUGCGUUGUGUUCGCCGUGGCAGCGGCCGAGCCUGAUGUGCUCCUCACUCCGGGCUACGCGCACACCUACCUGCAACCGGCGACCACAACAAUCACGAGACACGCCAGCACCGUCACCAACACCCCGUACUACUCCUACCCGUUCGGAAUCGAGCAUUUCAUCAAGAAGCGUUCCGCCGACUUGUACGGUAACUAUCUAACCGGCCAGUACUGGGAUGUCCCCUACUCGGUGCCCACCGUGUUCCGCAAUACGGCGUUCGUCCACAACCCAGUCCUGAGCACCGCUCAUUUGAUCAAGAAGCGCUCGCUCUUGGCUCCGUACAUCGCCUCUCCUUACACGUCGUACAUCGCUCCCGGCGCGAUCUCUUACUCCAGUGUGCUGCAUGACACUUCUUUGCCGUAUCUCUCGGCUUACUCUACCCCGCACUUCAUUAAGAAGCGCUCCGCUGUCUGGGCUGCCCCAUCCACGUACCUGGCCUCCUCUCCCCUGGCCUCGACCUACUGGGCCUCCUCUCCCCUGUCUUACUCCUCGGCUAUCUACCCCAGCACGCCUUACUGGUCUUCCUACACCGCUGGCAUCCCAUUCAUCAAGAAG